UUCUCUUUAAGAGCAAAACUUCCCGCCAAGAUGUUCUAAACUUAAACAUUAUACGUUCGUGUUAAAGAGUUUAAUAUGAAAUUUUGAUUUGGUAGUUAUUGUUCGGGAGAAAUUUUAGUAUCAAUACUGAAUUAUUAGACGGUUGGGAUCUUUGAACUGACUGAAUAUUACUGUGUAAAUGAUAGACUUUUAAACUGACAUUACAGUGACAAAAACUGAAAACUUCAAGAAGUUGAAAACUGUGCGACCAAAGGAGCUUCAAAGACAAUUAAAUACAGUAAUACAAAUACACUUUACAAGUAAUACUUGUACUCGAUUCCCAUUUCUUGGAACUGGAAGUUGGACUCAACAUUUACUGAUUUAUCAUUUAGCGUUACUACUACUAGCACUAGGUGAUACUUACUAGUUACACAGUGAAAGUACUAGGUCUUAUUGCUAUUAGUAAUUAUUAGUAUUACUGAUUUGUUGCUCUGUGAGUGAGACAUUGAAUGAUUGACGUAACAGUUGAGGUAACAGAACUUCUGUUACUAUUAGUAUUAGAACUUGGGCCUGUGCACCAGGCUAGUUCGUUUACGUUUCAUUCAUUGAAGAUUUCAGUACCAAACCUAGUUUGCACGAAAAAUCGAGCACAUAAUAACUAAACACAAACUAUUCUCAUUGACGUUAGUUAAAUUAUUAAUUUUUUGUUAACGUUAAGCUUAUUACUAGUACUGACAUUGUGACAACAUCUUGACUAAGAGUAAGAACUAGUAGUAAGGAAGUAGUACUACAAGUUACAACUUGCAGGUUAAGCUGAUGCAGUAAUGGCAAAAGUUCAUGUGUGUAAUGUUGUUGUGUUAGAUAAUCCAUCGUUAUUUUAUAAUCCAUUCCAGUUUGAAAUUACGUUUGAGUGUAUUGAAGAUCUAAAAGAGGACUUGGAAUGGAAAAUAAUCUACGUUGGCUCAGCUGAGAGUGAAGAUUACGACCAAGUUCUCGACACAGUUUUUGUAGGUCCUGUACCAGAAGGAAGACACAUGUUUGUGUUCCAGGCUGAUCCACCUGACCCAGCUAAGAUUCCUAUUCAAGAUGCUGUAGGUGUUACUGUGGUUCUUUUAACUUGUUCUUAUCGAAGAAAAGAGUUCAUCCGUGUUGGUUACUAUGUGAACAAUGAAUAUGGUGAUCCUGAACUUCGGGAAAAUCCUCCAUCUGCACCACAGUUUAACAAGUUACAGCGCAAUAUCUUAGCUACAAGUCCCCGGGUAACUAGAUUUAAAAUUGAUUGGAAUGAUAAUGUUAUGGAAGAGAUGAAUGGAGUAGGUGAUAAAAUUACUACUGAAAAUAACCAUAUUCAACAAUAUGAAGACAGCAUAGGAACUCUUAAGCCAACUGUUUCCUAUGACAGCAACCAAGGCAUGGAAGUAACAUAAUAUUCAUUCUAUUAAAGUUUCACAAUGUUUGUUUCAGUCAUUUAAAAGGGGUCUGUAUUAUUUUUUAAUGAAAUAUUGUAUUCAUUUUGUUAGUUCGUUCUGAAUAAACAUCUAAAGAAAUCA